GUUUGAAAAUUCAAAGCGGAACUAAAAGUCGUUCACAGUUUCCUCCGUGGAGCCACAGUGAAACACACAGGAAAUAAACAGCGCGGAUAGCAGCGAUAGUUGUUCUGUCAGAAGACAUUUUGAUCAAGGGUUUUGGUGUUUUGUAGGAAUAUUUGAGUGAUUGCUAUUUUUGACACUGUUUAUGUCACUGUGCCAUAAAUAGCCGUUCACUGUUUCUUCAGUGGAGCUACAGUGAAACAGACAGGAAAUAAAAACAGGACACAAAUAGCAGCGUUAGCUUCCCUUCUGUUAGGAUGUAGUUUGAAGACGGGUUUGGUAUUUUGGGUAAAUAUUUGAGUGUUUGCAGUAAAAAUGUCUUCAGUUCAGCGUCAGAGAGAGUUUAUCAACGAGCCGUUAACUGCUGCUGAAGAAACAUUCACAGAGUUUAAAGAAAUCAUCGUCAAGUCGGAGGAAGAGAUGGAUGAUCAUCGCAGACUGCUGGAUUUCUCCCGGAGGCCCCAGAUAAUCUUACACCGAAUAGAUCUCCCACAAAAUUGUGUGUGUAAAGAGGAGGAAGAUUUCACUGAGUUCAGCAACCAGGAUGGGAAUUCAGCUAUAGAUAAAGAGGAACCAGAACCUUUUAAAAUAAAACAUGAGCAAGAGGAACCAGAACAUCAACAGUUCAAAGAAGAAGAAAAUCAGCUUUGCAUAAGUCAGGAUGAAGAGCAUCUUAUGUUGAAACAGGAAACUGGAGACAUUUUGGUGACUCCUUCUAAUGUACAAAAAAUCAGCAAUGAAACAGAACCAAACAGGAGCCAACUUAUUUUCCACUUUUCAAGCACUAUGGAGGGUCCAGUAGUUGAGAACCAGGAUCAGGAAGGAAACAAUUCUGGAGACCCAGGAGAAAAGAGAGACAAAGAGCAGAAACAAAACAAGAGAUGUCAGAAAACCAAACAGCAAAAAGGAACUACCGAAGGUCCAAAACAUAGAAAGCACAAAAAAACUCACCUGGACCAAAAUGUGUAUUCCUGUGAAUUUUGUCAUCAAAUCUUUUCUCAAAAAGGUAACUUGAUGACACACGUGAGGAUUCAUACUGGGGAGAAGCGUUUCACAUGUCUUACUUGUGGAAAAAGUUUCACUCAAAAAGGUAAUUUAAUUUCUCACAUGAAAAGCCACACUGGAGAGAAGCCUUUCACAUGUAGAACUUGUGAAAAAAAGUUUAGUAACAAAAGAAAUUUAACUAUUCACAUGAGGACUCAUACAGGCGAGAAGCCUUUCUCUUGUGUGAAUUGUCGAAAACUUUUUAGAAGCGCAUCUUGUUUAUCUUCUCACAUGAAGGUUCAUAUGGUCGAGAAGCCUUUCACAUGUACGACUUGUGGAAAAAGUUUCAGUCGAAAAGAUCAUUUAAGUAAUCACAUGAAGCUUCACACAGGUGAGAAGCCAUUCACAUGUACUACUUGUGGAAAAAGUUUCAGAAUCAAAUCUGAUUUAACCAUUCACACAAGAAUUCAUACAGGUGAGAAGCCUUUCUCAUGUGGAACUUGUGGAAAAAGUUUCAGAAGCACGUCUCGUUUAACUUCUCACAUGAGGAUUCAUAUGGCUGAGAAGCCUUUGACAUGUAUGACUUGUGGAAAAAGUUUCACUCGAACUGAUCAUUUAGUUAAUCACAUGAGAAUUCACACAGGUGAGAAGCCUUUCACAUGUAUGACUUGUGGAAAAAGUUUCAGAAUCAAAUUUGAUUUAACUAUUCACAUGAGAAUUCAUACAGGUGAGAAGCCUUUCUCAUGUGGAACUUGUGGAAAAAGUUUCAGAAGCACAUCUCGUUUAACUUCUCACAUGAGGAUUCAUAUGACCGAGAAGCCUUUCACAUGUAUGACUUGUGAAAAAAGUUUCACACGAAAAGAUCAUUUAGUCAAACACAUGAACCUUCACAUAGGUGAGAAGCCUUUCACAUGUAUGACUUGUGGAAAAGGAGUCAUUCACAAAAAUAAUUUAGCUAGUCACGUUAUAGGUCACACAAGUGUGGAGCAUUUCUCAUGUGGGAUUUGUGGGAAAAGUUUCACCUAUGAAAAUGGUUUACCUAUUCACGAGGACUAACAAAUGUGAGACAGCAUUAUGUGAACCUCAAAUACCAUGGUGCUCUCUAACUUGCUUUUUGUGCUUUAAUUACAUUUAGAUCAUAUCUUUGAUUUGUUGUAGCUUAGUUCAAAAAAGCAUUUCAAAUAAGACUUCUAACUGAAGUUCUUAAAAUUUACCUUAUUCUACUAAUUUCACAUCUUAAAACCAGAUUUCAGAUAAUAAUCACCGGGAAUCUUAAAUGAAAUGGAUUUGAAGGGUGUGUUGAAGGAAUAAAUGGUUUAAAUGUUCAGAAUUAUAAUGUAAAGCUUAUAAAAUCUUAUGUUUAUCUUUUGCUGUAUUUAUACAGAGUUUUUGUUCAAUUAUUUAAAUGUUUUCUGUUAGUGGAUUCAUGUUAAGAGUUGAUGUAUGGACCGGUAAUUGCCCAUUGGGAUUCAUAAUGUUUUCUGUAUUUGAAUCUAAUUAUCACACAUUAUUAUUUUCAUUAUUUUCUCUGUUUCUAAUUCAGGAAGGAAAUUAUGCUGAUUAUAAGAUUUCAACAACGCAGGCAUAAGGUUGACUAAAUCAUGUUGAUACUGCAGAUAUUUUACUAUUUUUGGUUUAAAUACAUAAAUCCUUGUUAAAGCUAUUCUGAAUUGUAAAAUAAUUUUUAUUUUCUUGUCUUUCAUUCAUUAUACAGAGUUUUUGUUUAAGGAUUUUUAAAAGAUGUUAGUAAAUGUAUAAGUGAUAUAAAUUCCAUUUCUCUUACAAAAGUGAUUGUCAUUACAACUAUUUGUACUUCUUAUAUAAUAAAGUCAUCUUUUUUUUUUCAA